GAUGAACAAUAUAGAGUGUAUUCCACCAAUAAAAUUAUGCUUUGUGUUUUGCCCAUUUUAUAUUGCAUUUUGAACUCAUCCCACAAGAUCUUCUAGAAUGUUCUAGAAUAUUCUAUAGGCUGCCUGUUGGUUACAGUUGGCUCUUCACUUUUCAUUUCCCUCUAUACAUAUAUAUAUAUAUAAUCAGCCUCAAUUCUACAUGAUUCAAAAAUCCACCGCCAAAACCCUGAAGCUCUGAACUGACUCUUGAGUUUAUCAAUGGUGAUCAUUACCGAAUACAAUGAGCAAGAUGACAUACCACCAUCGUCCUCACCUGUAGAGGAGGUUAAGGACAAGAACGCUACUAAGGCCAUUGAAGAGAACAAGAAGGGGCUUCAAGUGUUACAGAGCAACCUUGUUUGUUUCGCAUCACCAGUAGCUUAUUCUGCUGAUAUGUACACAGCUCCCAACAUAGGCAAUGUCCUUGAUCUGGACAACUACUCUUGCGGUCAAUCCGUACAGGAGGUUAAGGUGGCCAAUAAUGCUACUGAGGCAAUUGAAGAGAACAAGAAGGGGCAUCUAGCUCCCACCAUAGGCAAUGGCCUUGAUCUGGACAACUACUCUUGCGGUCAAUCUGUACAGGAGGUUAAGGAGGCCAAUAAUGCUACUGAGGUCCUUGAAGAGAACAAGAAGGGGCCUCUAGCUCCCAACAUAGACAAUGGCCUUGAUCUGGACAACUACUGUUGGGGUCAAUCAUUACAGGAGGUUUAUGUCAAUAUUCUUGUACCUCAGGGAACAAAAUCACGGUUUAUUGUUUGCGAUAUAAAAAGGAACCAUCUUACAGUUGGACUAAAGGGUCAGCCUCCAAUAGUUGAUGGAGAACUCUAUGGACCUGUCAAAGUUGAGGCUUGUUUCUGGACCUUAGAGGAUCAGAAAUCCAUCUCUCUACUCCUUACCAAGAUAGACCAGAUGAACUGGUGGAAAUGGGUAGUUAAAGGUGAACCUGAACUCGAUACCGAGAAAGUUGAACAAAUUACAAGCCUAUCAGAAUUGGACCCGGAGACUCGAUCUAGUGUUGAAACUGUUAUGCUUCAUCUGCCCACUAGCCAUACUUAAUUACUGGACUUGAACAUGCUGUUACCUUGGGAGUGGUAUUGCUGUUAUCUUCAUUUUGUAGAAGGGACAAGUCUGGUGAUGUUUAAUUUACUUGUUUACUGGUUCAUCUUCAGGUGAAAUUCUUUUUCACAAGAACUGACUUUCUUGUUGUAUUUAUGGAUAUUGAUGCCUUCUAAAUAUGUGACGGAUAAUGUUUCUGCAGUUUGAUCAGCGAUAGGAAGCAAUGGGUCUUCCAACACUAGACGAGAUGCAAAACCAGGAGAUGGAAAAGUUUAUUAUGGAAAAGUAUCCAUGGAUGGACUUCUCUAGGGCGAAGAAAUCGUGAUUCACAGGGUGUUUUGAUAAGCGAAAAUAUUUCUGAAUAGACAUCUCUUCUUUACUCCGGCUGGACUUCAAGAUGAUUUUGUGCAUAUGAGAAACUUAUAUUGUAUAGUGACUUUUGUGUAGGCCAAGGAAGAUACUUAUGUACUGCUAUCGGAGUAAUUGAUCUAAACAGUUAGUAAUCUGAACAUGUUCAUAUUCUAAUCCAUGCCCUUCCUCUUCUCUAUGCUUGUUGAACUUUUAUUCUCUUUUGUAGUUCAUGUUGAGUUUUCCCUACACUGUUAUUGGAAUGUGGUGUCCUAUACCGCGGUUAAUUGUUUUA